AUGAAAUCGAACGCUUCGACGAAUAAUAUGAAUUUGGAUUUAGUCAAAAAUUCAGAUUUGAAAAGAGUUUUAACAGCCAAUGAUAUAAUUGUGCCUUUAUUAUUAUGCACCAUAUUAUUGCUAUCGCUCUUAACUAGUGGUCUUUUGGUGACAUUAAUUGUGUUGUUAUCAAGAAUCACACGAAAUGGCCUCAGCCAAACGGAACAACCAUCACUCAUCACAGGCAAUAUUGGCAAUUUUAUGAAUAAUACAUUAUCGCAGGAUUUGCAGAAGCAAAAUCACAUAAGAGAAAUACUAAUGACGGCAUUUCGGCCCCUCAAUAUUCGUGAUAAUAUUCGUUGGCUUUCGGAAAAAAUUCACGUCGCGGGCACAGAUGAAAAUACCGAACUAAUGAAAAAGAUUGCAGCUAAAUACAAAAUUUAUGGUUAUGAAGUGGAAAUCUAUGAAUAUACAGUGUUAUUGAAUUAUCCAAAUUAUGAGAAACCAAAUAGAAUCGAGUAUAGAAAUAAUCAACAGUGGAUAGAAAUAAGUAAUGGACUAGCAGAUAUACUCGGAUCAUCUGAAGCUGUUUCUCAGGUAGACGUUGAAGGAAAUAUUGUUUAUGUAAAUUAUGGAAUGCUGGAUGAUUAUUUGCAACUUGAAAAGUUAGGAAUAAAUUUGAAAGGCAAAAUAGUCCUAUGUCGUUAUGGAGGUAUUUAUCGCGGCGACAAAAUUCAGUUAGCACAGGACAGGGGAGCUAUUGGUGUUAUUUUAUACAGCGAUCCAUUCGAUUAUGCCAAAGAUGUCAAUCAAGGAAGGACUUAUCCAGAGCAAAUAUGGCUUCCUCCAUCUGCGGCACAACGAGGGACAUUAUUGAAAACCGAAGGUGAUCCGGAAACGCCUUUUCUACCAUCGAAACAUUAUGUUUAUCGCAUUGAAAAUGAUGAAUCAUUACGUAAUCGUCAAAUUAUACCGAAUAUCCCAGUCAUGCCUAUUGGAUAUAGAGACGCUAUCAAAAUUAUGAUGGAACUAAAUGGGCCUCAAGUUAAAUAUGCAAGUUGGAGAGGAUCGAUGAAUGUAACAUAUCGCAUAACUGGUUCGAGUACCUUUCGGCUUUCUGUAAAUUCGAUAUUCGCCCGUCGUAAGAUUAUCAAUGUUAUAGCGACUUUAAGAGGAAAUGAAGAACCAGAUCGUUACGUCUUAUUAGGGAAUCAUGUUGAUGCGUGGGUUAAGGGAUCAAUAGAUCCGAGCUCAGCAACUGGCACCUUAUUAGAAAUGGCUCGAGUACUUUCAUGGACAGUUGCAGAACGAAAAUGGCGACCUCGACGUACCAUAAUGUUUUGUCAGUGGGACGCUGAAGAAUUCGGUUUGAUCGGAAGUACAGAAUGGGUUGAAGAAUUUAUGAAACCAUUGCAACAACGAGCUGUUGCAGUAAUCAACGUUGAUAAUAUCAGUGGAAAUACGACAUUAUCAGUGAAAGCCGUUCCUUUAUUAUAUCGAGCUGUUGUUAAUGCUGCUUCCAAGAUUCCUACAGGUAGCAUUUCGGAAUUUAUAGCAGGCAGAAUGACUCUACUUGAUUCCUGGAAAUUUUAUUCACCACUGAAUUCACUACCAGGUGAUAAAACAAUUCCUUCAAUUGGUAUACCAGGCUUUGGUUCUGAUUUUCAGCGCUUUAUCUCAUAUUUGGGUGUUCCAGUUGUUGAUAUAAAAUUCGAAAAUGCACCUAUUUAUGCAUAUAUGCUAUAUCAUACGAUGUAUGAAAUUCCAUGGACAAUUGAGCAUCUAAUAGACCGUAAUUUCAAUACAUUUACGGCUGUUGGACGCCUUUGGCUCGAACUUGCUAGAAAUCUGGCUGAUAGUCUAAUCAUUCCAUUCAACGUGCACGAUUAUAGUUUGAUGAUCCAUAAAUUCGUUUCAAAACUUGAUCAACAAAUUCGAAAUACUGGCAUUACAAAAUUGCUUAUUGCUAAUGACUAUAAUAAUAUAAUAAAUAAUUUAAUGGAUGCUGUUAAACGGUUUCAAACGGCGGCCAAAAUUAUUCAUACGAUUGUCGAGUAUGUCAAUUCUGGACAAGAAUCGAUAAGUUCCAAGCAGCUAGAAAUGAUAAACUCGAGAUUAGUGAACGUUGAACGAGCUUUCAUUGUUGAACGAGGUAUUUAUAGUGAUCAUGCCGAAUAUCGACAUGUCAUAUUUUCCAGUAGUCGUUUAGACGAAUAUGGAGGAGUAAUUUUUGCUUCAGUUAUGGAUCCUAUUAUUAAAUUAAAAAAUGCGUAUCUUCGUGGCGAUUUCGAUGAUCAGAAAAAAUGGAUGAAAAACGUUAAGCUUGCAUUAAUGAAUGUGCAAUAUUGCAUCGAAUCAGCCAUAUUAAUAUUAAAUCUUGAAGGAUUUUAUGACUGA